AUGUCUGCAGCCCCGCGUCCACCAUUCUUGCCGGGCAGUUUAGAGGAGUUCACUGAACAUGCUGCAACCCACCACUCUGAAUGGUUUCAAUACUGUCGCCUUGCUUAUGAGUAUAUUGAGGAGGCAGAGGCUGCUAUUACUGAAGCAAGAGGACAAGCUGAUCAGACCAGCCUGAAGCUUCAAGCCUCUGAAACGGAAGUGAGCCGCCUGAAGGAAGAACUCUCUGCCCUACACCUCAAACAAGAGAAAAACCAAGCCCGAGACCAGGGAAUCAUUGAAUAUCAGAAGGAACAACUACGGGAAUCACAGCAGAAAUAUCUUGAAGCCUUGAAGGAAAAGGAUGAAGCACUACGCCUAGCAACUCCUGUGGUUAAUACACCUGCCCGAACUCCUGAACCCACUGCUGAAAUACACACAGUUGCUCCGGUGGGAACGCCUGCGUCGGUUGAUCCCCCAUCUACCAGCUCUGCCAGACUCUCUGAACGCCUACCUGACCCAGACCGAUUUGAAGGUGACCGGAAGGAUCUUCGCCGAUUCAUCUCCCAAAUCCAUGAGAAGAUGAAUGUCAACCAUGACCGUUAUCCCACCCCGCAAAGCCGCAUGACCUAUGUUACCAAUCGCCUGAGAGGGGCUCCAUAUGCCCAAGUUCUGCCAUAUAUCAAGAAAGGAAUCUGCCAGUUAAAGGAUUAUGAAGAAAUCCUAAAAAUCCUGGACCGAGCCUUUGGUGACCCGAACCGUGUGAACAAUGCCCGUAAUGAACUGUUCCGCCUGCGCCAAGCCAACAAAGAGUUUGGUAUGUUCUUUGCUGAGUUCCAGCGCCUUGCUCUAGAAGGGGAAAUGUCUGAAGAUGUUCUGCCUACCCUGCUGGAACAAGCUAUCAACCGAGAACUCCGAGGAAUGCUCAUGCAUAAUGAACCCCCAAACCGUGAAUAUCACCAGUUUGCCAAUUUCUUGCAAGACUUGGAAAACCGCCGCCGUCACUAUGAGAAUAACCCUCCACCUGCUGCCCGAACCUAUGCCUCAGCUACAAAACCCACCAACCCUGUCAGACCCACUGAACACCCUGCUACACUGCAGCCUGCUGAAAACAAUACUGAUGUUAUGGAUCUGUCUUCUGCUCACCGUCACACAACCUCCCGUCGAGAUCGUGGGGAAUGCUUCCGUUGUGGCUCCAAAAACCACUUGGUCCGAAACUGCCCACUACCUGAUAAUCGCCCUGUGGGAGUCUGCCCAGCCUAUCUAUCACCCCCGUCCUCACUCCCCCGCAAGCCCAGAACCUACACCUGUGUCAGAACGAUACCGUUCCCCAUCCCCAGACCUGUCAGCAAAAGGAGCGAGUCUGGCCUAAGUCGCGACCAGACGAUGAAUGAGCGCACUAUCCGUAUCUCUGCUGCUGCCACCCAAGGAUUAACUGUUGAAGAGGAAUCCUACCGUUCAAACCUGAUGAUUCUGCCCAUAACCCUGUCCCGACAUGAAAAAGAACUGCUAAGCUAUGCCAUGCUUGACACUGGUGCCGAAGGAAAGAGAUUUAUUGAUAAGGAAUGGGCCCAAGACAAAGGUCUUGAGCUACUGCCACUGAAAAAACCAAUCCGCCUUGAGACUUUUGACGGUCAAGAAGCUGAGAGUGGACCAAUCACCCACUAUGCCCAAAUGCAUAUGAGAAUUAACGAUCACCAAGAGAGAAGGGCUUGCUUCCUGGUCACACAGCUAGCGCACUAUCCUGUUGUACUAGGACUUCCCUGGUUAAAGAUCCACGAUCCCCGAAUUGGCUUUGCUGAGCAUACUGUCCUGUUUGAUAGCAAGUACUGCCAGGAACACUGCAACAUGCCCAUGAGACCUGCAAAAAUACGAGCUUUACAUGAUAUUCCACAAAAGACCCGCCCAAAACACCUGCCUCCCCGACCUGAGCGCUUGAAACACCGAGAUAUUGCUGCUGUAUCCAUGUCUGCCUGCUGUGCCUAUGCCCGAAGGAGUUAUCGCCUGUUUACUGUCACCGUUGAUGAUAUUGAAGCUGCCCUGAACCCUGUGCCUGAUGAAGAAGACCCAAUGGCGAAACUACCACCUGAGUUCCAAGACUUUGCAGAUGUAUUCUCACCCAGGGAGGCUGAGCGCCUGCCACCCCACCGCCCAUAUGAUCAUGAUAUUAAGCUACAAGAUGGGAAAGUGCCCCCAUUUGGGCCCUUGUACCCAAUGUCCCGAGAAGAGCUGAAGGCCCUGAAGGAAUGGAUUGAGGAAAACCUGAAGAAAGGGUUUAUUCGCCCCAGCUCAUCACCUGCUGCAUCACCUGUCCUGUUUGUGAAGAAGCCUGGAGGAGGCCUCCGGUUCUGUGUUGACUAUCGCGCCCUGAAUGCCAUCACUGUGAAAGAUCGCUACCCACUACCACUGACCAAGGAGACCCUGAACAACCUGAAAGGGAUGAAAUAUUUCACCAAGAUUGAUAUCAUUUCUGCCUUCAAUAACCUGAGAAUCAAGAAAGGACUUGAAUACCUGACUGCUUUCCGUACACGACUAGGGUUAUUUGAAUCCCUUGUGAUGCCCUUUGGUCUGACUGGUGCACCUGCUUCAUUCCAGCGAUUCAUGAAUGACACCCUGCGAGACUACUUGGAUACCUUCUGCACUGCCUAUCUGGAUGACAUCCUGAUCUAUAGUAAGACCCGUGAGGAGCAUACCCGCCAUGUCUGCUUGGUUCUUGAGAAACUGCGAGAUGCAGGCCUCUUUGCCAAACUGUCCAAGUGUGAAUUUGCUGUGCCUGAGACCAAGUUCCUGGGUAUCAUUGUUGGCCGAGAUGGCCUACGCAUGGAUCCUGACAAAGUGAAGACUAUUGUUGACUGGGAAACCCCAACUUGUGUGACUGAUGUCCAAGCAUUUAUUGGCUUUGCAAACUUCUACCGGAGGUUCAUCAAGGAUUUCUCCAAGAUCAUUACACCCCUAGUGAACCUGACAAAGAAAGGCAUCCAGUUUAAAUGGAACACUACCUGUGAGCUAAGCUUUAAUAUGCUGAAAAAGGCCUUCACCACUGCACCUGUCCUUAGACCAUUUGACUGGAAUAAGGAAGUUAUUCUGGAAACUGAUGCUUCUGACUAUGUUUCUGCUGGAGUCCUGUCUCAGUAUGACGAUGAUGGUGUCUUACACCCUGUGGCUUUCUUCUCCAAGAAACACUCAGUGACUGAAUGCAAUUAUGAGAUCUAUGAUAAGGAGUUAUUGGCUAUUAUCCGCUGCUUCGAAGAAUGGCGCCCUGAGCUGGAAGGAACCCCAUCUCCUGUCAAAGUUAUCACUGAUCACCGGAAUCUGGAAUACUUCAUGACAACCAAGCUCUUGAAUCGUCGACAGGCCCGCUGGUCUGAGUUCCUGUCCCGUUUUAACUUCAAGAUCAUUUACCGCCCAGGCAAACAAGGAGUGAAACCUGAUGCCCUGACCAGGAGGUCAGAGGAUCUCCCUAAGGAGGGGGAUGAGCGCCUGCUACACCAAAGCCAGACUGUUCUGAAGAAAGAGAACCUUGAGCUUGCACCUGACAGUUCAUCUGUUACCCUGAACGUUACAACUAGAGCCCAAGCUCAUUCUGCUGAGAACCCUAUUGUGAACCCACCCAGAACACCUGCUCAAACAAGGAGAGUUAGAUUUGCUGAUGAGACCAAUCACAACGUGCCAGAACCACCACAAGAUAUCAAGAAUCUGCUGGACAGUGCAUACCCACUUGAUGAGACAGUACAGUCAAUCCUGGAAGCCCUGGACAAGAAUGCCACACGACACCCUAAGAUCACCUUGGCUGACUGCCAGAGAAGAGGCAACUAUCUCUUCUACCGGAAUCGACUUUAUGUUCCAGAUCAUGGAGAGUUAAAAGCCGAGCUAUUGAGACAAUGUCAUGAUAAGCCAGCUGCAGGACACCCUGGCCGAUCCAAAACCUAUGAGCUCAUGUCCCGAGAAUACUACUGGCCUGGAAUGUAUCAAUAUGUUGAGCAAUGGACCCAGAACUGCCACACAUGCCGCCGCAUAACACCAUCCAGAGAAGCCCGUCAAGGCCUCCUGCGCCCUCUGCCUGUUCCUGAAAGAUCCUGGCAAGACAUUAGCAUGGACUUCAUCACACAUCUCCCGCCAAGCCAUGGGUAUGAUGCAAUCCUGGUUGUAGUAGACCGACUGACAAAAAUGAAACACUUCAUUCCAUGCAAGGGAACCUGCAAUGCAGAAGAAGUUGCCCACCUGUACACUUGCAAUGUUUGGAAACUCCAUGGCCUGCCACGAACUAUUGUAUCAGACCGAGGUCCGCAAUUCAUUGCCCAAUUCUGGAAACAUCUGAUGCGCCGCCUGCAAAUCACAAACUUGCUCUCAACUGCAUAUCACCCUGAGACUGAUGGCCAGACUGAGAGGACUAAUGCUGUUCUGGAACAAUACCUCCGCGCCUAUGUAUCCUACCUGCAAGAUGACUGGUCUGAAUGGCUACCACUAGCAGAGUUUGCUGCUAAUUCUACCCGCUCUGAGACUACCUGUGUUUCCCCAUUCUUUGCAAACUAUGGAUUUCAUCCACGAAUGGGAUUUGAACCUGUCCAGCCUACCAACCAGCCCACCAGAGAUGCUGAGGAAUUCGCCUGCCGGAUGAAGUUAAUCACUGAGUUUGUUCGUACAGAAAUUAUAUCUGCCCAGGCUCGCCAGGAGGAACAAGCCAACCGGAAGAGACAACCUGCCCGUUGUUACCAAGUUGGUCAGUAUGUAUGGCUAGAUUCUCGCAAUAUCCGGACCCUUCGCCCGCAGAAGAAGCUAGACUGGAAGAACUUAGGGCCAUUCUGCAUUACUGAGAUCGUCAGUCCGCACGCUUAUAAGCUUGACCUGCCUGCCAGCAUGAGGAUACACCCAGUAUUCAACGUCAGCCUACUUCGCCCUGCUGCCAGAAACCCUGCCCCGGGCCAAAGACAAGAGCCCCCACCACCUGUUGAAGUUGAUGGACUCGAAGAAUGGCAAGUUGAAGACAUCUUGGAUUCCCGUUGGGAAAGAAGAGGCCGUGGAGGACCUCGCUUGAAGUAUACUGUCAAAUGGACUGGUUAUGAUGAGCUGACUGAAGAACCUGCCUCAUACCUGGAGCAUGCUCAAGAGAUCGUAACAAAUUACCAUCGCCGUUAUCCCUACAAGCCUGGGCCUGGCCUCGACGGAGCUCGGCCUUGA